AUGACGCAGCGAGUUACCAGGCAGAUGUUCGAGCGCCGUUACGAGCAGAGGGCACGUGACGAAGCUAUGUAUUCUAUAUAUCAAAGCAAAAUAAAAGCCGAGCAAAAAGAUAGAGUUCAACAAGAAACGGAUGAGAGAUCUGCUCUCCGUCGCAAGGCAGCAAGACAGCGCGUUGCAGAUGAAGAAUUUGCAAUGGCUGAAAAGAUAUACAAUCAACAACAAGCGUAUGAAACAAGGAUGCGUGAAAUGCAAGAGCAAGAUGCAAUUGCACAGGCUUUAGCAGAACAAACCCAAGCAGAAAUUCGUGACCAGAAAUAUCGUGCACUUCUUCGCGAAAAUGAUGCAGAAAUUCGUGAGCUUAAGUCUAAAUUACAAACAGCACUUAUCACACAGACACGUGACAAGCAAAUUAAAGAAGCCGACAAGCGCCGCAAGGAGGAAGAGCAAGAGCGUAUUGAAGAAGAGCAGCAAAUGAUGCGUAAUUACCGUAGAGAAGAAGCAGCCCGUGUAAUGGAAGAAGAAGCCAAGCACGCAAACUCCCUUGCAACAAGAGCAUUCAUUCAAGAACAGCUCAGAGAUAAAGAACGCCGCAGACAAUUACUCGAAGUUGCUGAGCGCAAACGCGAUGAACAGCAAGUCAACGAAAUCGUUGCCAGAGUACAGCGCGAAGAUGCAGAACGCGAAGCAGCUUACCGCCAGAAGCAGGCCCACAACUUCCGCGAGAUGCAGGACUUCAUGGCCGCACGCCAGGCGAUGAAAGAACGCGAGCGCCGCGAACAAGAAGAGGAAGACCGCAAGAUUGCGGAGUUCUCGAUGAAUGUCGACGAGCGUCUCCGCCGUGCACAGGAAGAACAGAAGCGCCGCGAUGUAGCACGCGAAGCUAUCGGACAGAGAAUUGCAAGAGACAUCCAAGCGAAGCAGAAAGAAGACGAAGAAUACGAACAGUUGUGUCUCGAUCUCGCCGAACAACAAGAAUUGCAGCGCCUUCAGGACAGGGAGCGCGCGGAAGCCGAGAAGAUCAGGAAACAGAUCGAGGACUGCAAGGUCUUCAUGGAACAGUCUCUCAAGGCGAAGGCUGCCGAAAGAGAGCGCACAAGAAUCGAGGAACUCAAACUCAAACAACAGAUGGUCGAAGAACAGAAGCGCUUGAACGAACUCGCAGCUGUCGAACAGGAGAACGCAAGGAUCAAGAACGAGAAGUACAGAAGAGAGCUCACAAGACAGAUGCUUCAGAAGAGAGAGAUGUACGAGGCAGCUCGCGCUCAGGAGCUCAAGAAGUUACAGCUCGAACAGGAGAGAGAAAACGAACGUCAGAGAAUAUUGAACGAGGAAAGAAGAAAACUCGUUAUCAAUCAUAUCUUGUCUAUGGGUGCAGAUGCUGUCAAGUACCUCCCUCAAGGUGUUCUUAAGGAGGAGGACCUCGACUACCUUCCAGAAGAAUACAGAAUUGCAAUUCUUAACACAAAGGUCUAA